AUGCAUUGCCGCAUGAGGAGGAGGCGACCGGCUCAGGACCCGGACUUCUCGGCCAUCGUGGUGCCCUCCAUGCAGGGCUCCGGGUACCUGGACUACACUGUGGAGAGUCACGCCUCCAAAUGCCUCAGCGCAAUGGACCAGUUCCGAAGACAGGAGGCGCUGUGUGACCUGGUGCUGCACGUGGCCUACAAAGACACCGUCGUUGACUUUAAGGUGCACAAGGUGGUGCUGGCCUCCUGCAGCUCAUACUUCAGAGCCAUGUUCACCAGUAACUUCCGGGAGUGUGCGGCGUCAGAGGUGACCCUGCACGACGUCUGCCCCCAGGUGGUUGGAAGACUCAUCGACUUUGCUUACACGGCUCGCAUCACUGUGGGGGAGAGGUGUGUGCUGCACAUGCUCCUGGCUGCCAUGAGGUACCAGGUGGAGGACGUGGCCAAAGCCUGCUGUGACUUCCUCACCAAACACUUGGAGCCGUCCAAUGUGAUCGGAAUCUCGCGCUUUGCUGAGGAGAUCGGCUGCACCGAGCUGCACCAGAGGAGCCGGGAGUACAUCAACACACACUUCAGCCAGGUGACCAAAGAGGAGGAGUUCCUGAGCCUGUCCCACUGUCAGCUGCUGGAACUCAUCAGCCAGGAGAGCCUCAAGGUGCUCUGCGAGUCUGAGGUGUACAGAGCCUGCACUGACUGGGUGGGCAGUGAUUUGGAGGGCCGGUCUCAGUACCUUCACGCUCUCCUCAACGCCAUGCACAUCUACGCCCUGCCCCCCAAGUUCCUGAAGAACCAGCUGCAGUCCUGCCCCAUCCUCAGCAAGGCCAACUUGUGCAAAGACUUCCUGUCCAAGAUCUUCCAGGACAUGACGCUGCGGAAGGUGCCCCCUCCUCCUCUGAGGGGCAGUCAGCUCAUCUAUGUGGCUGGAGGGUUCAUGCAGCAGUCCUUGUCCACUCUGGAGGCCUAUGAUCCCGGGAGUAACGAGUGGAUGGGGCUGGCGGACAUGGGAGAGCCCUGCAGCGGCCUCGGAGCCUGCACGCUGUUUGGCCUGGUCUACACCGUGGGUGGGAAGAACCUGUCUCUCCACAAUAACAUCGAGUCCGCUGCCCUGAGCUGCUACAACCCCAUGACAAACCAGUGGAGCGCACGGGAGCCCCUGAACACGCCCCGCAACAGGGUGGGGGUGGCGGUGCUGGACGGCUGCAUCUACGCUGUGGGCGGCUCCCAGGGUUUCAGCCACCACAGCACCGUGGAGAGAUGGGACCCAGAGACAAACUGCUGGAGCUACGUCAGCCCCAUGUCGGUGGCCCGACUGGCUGCGGGGGUGGCGGCCUGCGGAGGGGCCCUGUACGCGGUGGGGGGCUUCGACGGGCAGAACCGCUGGAACAGUGCGGAGAAAUACCAGCCCGAUACCAACGCGUGGCUGCCGCUGCCCCCCAUGAGCACCAUCCGCAGUGGGCUGGGGUUGGAGUGCGUAGGCUCGUACCUGUAUGCAGUGGGAGGAUAUGACGGACACCUGCAGCAGGCCUCAGUGGAGCGCUUCCACACCACGAGGCAGGUGUGGGAGCCGCGGGCCCCCAUGCAGGACAGCCGCAGCGCGCACGCCACAACGGUCUACUCCGGACGCAUCUAUGUGUUCGGUGGCUUCAACCAGCACGGCUUCCUGUCCAGCGUGGAGUGCUACUGUCCGGAGCGCGACGUGUGGACGGCGGUCACACGCAUGCCGAUGGCGCGCAGCGGGAUAGGCGUGGCCGUCACCAUGGAGCCCUGUCCCGGGAGCCUGCCUGAGGAGGGGGAGGGGGAGAGGGGGGCCGCCAAAGCCCUGUAG